UCUUAAUUGGUACACACCACACAAUGCUUUUGUGUUAUAAAUUCGCGUAUGUGCUGAUAAUAUACUAUGAUACAUGGUGAUAUAUAUUAACUGCAUUAAUUUUGCUUAGAAAUGUCUAUUAGUAGCAAGCUGUAGAGUUACGAAUUGUAGAUGUUAUACAAGCAACUACUCAUCCAGAGAGUAUGAAAGAAAUUUCCAUUCAUGGCGAAAGUUGCAAUGCAUAGUGGGCCUUGAUAAGAGUGAACGGAUGGUGAAUGAUGUUCGGUUUGUGCUGGUGUACUUUUUGUAUUACACCAGAGGUUUCGUGAUUGUGAUCACCGUUUAAUGGUGUUUUGGCAUUACAAAAUACAUUGUUAGUGAUGGUGUGUGUGUCGUGUAUUGUGAGUACAGGGCGGUGAGGGUAAUAAUUAAUGAUUUGUGAUACUGCAUUUUGAAGACCCUGAGGUCGGCACUCAGCGUAGUUCAACAGUUAUCGGAGUGUCAAAAUGGGAAAUUGUUUCAGCCGUCAAAGAGCCACACCGAAAAAAGAACUGCCCUCUCUUAUAAAAGAUCCUAAUGUUCCAAGUCCCGUAAAUCCUCCUAUGACUGGAGGAGCUGAUCCUAUAGGUGUUGGUGGCAGUAGAGAACAAGGAAGGAAUGGCCCUAUGCCACCCAUUCCAGAACCAGAUAGUUCUGGUAGUACAAAUGCAAAAAUAUUUGUGGCAUUAUAUGAUUAUGAUGCAAGGACAGAUGAAGAUUUAAGUUUUAGAAAGGGAGAACAUUUGGAAAUCUUGAAUGACACUCAGGGUGAUUGGUGGCUAGCAAGAAGUAAGGCUACAAAACAAGAAGGAUAUAUCCCAUCAAACUAUGUUGCAAAGUUGAAAUCCAUUGAAGCAGAACCAUGGUACUUUGGCAAGAUAAAGCGUAUCGAGGCCGAGAAGAAGUUGCUGCUGCCAGAAAACGACCAUGGAGCAUUCCUCAUACGAGACUCGGAGAGCCGUCGCAACGAUUACUCCCUUUCUGUUCGGGAUGGAGAUACAGUGAAACAUUACCGCAUCAGACAACUGGACGAAGGGGGCUUCUUCAUUGCUCGUCGCACUACAUUCCGGACACUGCAGGAAUUGGUUGAACAUUACAGCAAGGAUGCAGAUGGCCUUUGUGUGAAUCUUCGCAGACCAUGCGUCCAGAUUGAGAAGCCAAUGACCAGUGGCCUGUCCCACAGCACACGAGACCAAUGGGAGAUUGAGCGCAGUUCCCUGAAGUUUGUGCGCAAGUUAGGACAUGGGCAGUUUGGUGAGGUUUGGGAAGGACUCUGGAACAACACGACACCUGUUGCUAUCAAGACGCUGAAACCAGGUACCAUGGAUCCCAAGGAUUUCCUCGCUGAGGCGCAGAUCAUGAAGAAACUGAGGCACCAGAAGCUGAUCCAGCUGUACGCAGUGUGCACCAUGGAGGAACCGAUAUACAUAAUCACAGAACUCAUGAAGAACGGCAGCCUCCUGGAGUUCCUGCAGGGUAAAGGACGCACGCUGAAACUGCCACAGCUUAUCGACAUGGCAGCACAGAUCGCUGCUGGCAUGGCCUACUUAGAGUCUCAGAAUUACAUCCACCGAGACUUAGCUGCCCGAAAUGUUCUCGUUGGGGAUAGCAAUAUUGUGAAAAUUGCAGACUUCGGCCUUGCUCGGCUCAUUAAGGAGGACGAAUAUGAGGCGCGUGUCGGAGCUCGGUUCCCCAUCAAGUGGACGGCUCCAGAAGCUGCCAACUACAGCAAAUUCUCUAUUAAGUCAGAUGUCUGGUCAUUUGGUAUCCUGCUUACAGAACUUGUUACAUAUGGACGUAUACCUUAUCCAGGUAUGACAAAUGCUGAAGUGUUGCACCAGGUGGAGCACGGUUACCGCAUGCCGUGCCCUCCAGGAUGUCCCACUGCCCUGUAUGACAUUAUGUUGGAAUGCUGGCACAAGGACCCCAUGAAGCGGCCAACAUUUGAGACCCUACAGUGGAAGCUAGAGGACUUCUUUACAAUGGAAGGUUCGGAGUACAAAGAGGCAUCGGCAUACUGAGAACACGCCCACCUCCCGGAAUGGCCACUCUCAACGCUACGGUUACGCCUUCCUCUUCCUCCCCUCCCCAUGUAGAGGGUGCUGUAAUGGGUUGCUUGGACAGCGAUUACUUCCAUCCCCUUCUUCCGUCACACCUGUCGCACAAGUCGCAUCUCCGAUGCAGCCGCCUACAGAUUCUGGCCAAUGACGCUGCAGUAAGCUGUGAUCCAGGACAACAGCCGAACAGUUCUUCUUGAUAUAAGCAAAAACAUGAACUUUGCUUUGCUGUCUUUAGCAUUUGGUGUAUCGAGUAUUCAUGUAUCAUCAACAUAGGUUUCCCUUGGACGGGGCAACUGGGUGCACCAAUAUUCUGUGAUAUAUGUCACCGUUGUCCACAGAAAUAUUUGUACUGCUUUGUACCAGUUGCAGUAUGUUUCACAUAACUCCACUCUCUUCCUUAUUAAACAGAGGAAUUUCUGUCUAAUUUUUCCAAGUUAAGGACUUCCCUCUCUUAAUGCUCGUUUUCCCCGAUUCCAGAAAUCUUGCUUCAUUGUUAAAUGCCCUCCCUUUAAACUUACCUCAGUUUAGUGGUGAAAUCUGUUGUCCGUUAGAGAAGCAUGAACGCACUCCAUGCUGUGAAAGAGAUAUCUCACGCAGAAAGACUGACCAUGUGCUCAAGUGUUGAAUUAAAUAUAGCUUGCUGUGUACUGGUAUUUGAGUCUGUUUUAUUGAAUUUGAGUUUCUCAUGUUGGUGACUAUGGAGAAUGUGGUAUUCUGGGCUAUAAUACGGUGUAGAUCGGAUAGCGCCUGAUGUUUCGGAGGAAAGUAUUGCAUCUCUCAUCAAGAUUGGGGAGUAGCAAGCUUACUCUUCUCAGGGGACAAAGUGAACUGGGUAAUAACUGAUUGUUAUGUCACAUAUGCAGAUGCAGUAUAAACGCAGUUUGGCCUUCAGCAUGUGUUCAUUUUGUUUUCCACCAGCCUUAAACCAGGCCUGUACUUUUUGCAAGCCUGAACUUAGUAAUAUUAUUGACACAUUCAGUGUAGAAAGAUGAUGUCUUACCUUGUGUGAUUUGAGGUUCCGCAGCAGCGUCUGUGAAGAUUAGUGCCUUCUGGGAUGUGACACCGUGUAGUUUGGUAGACUGUUACCAACAUUUUGGCACAACCUGCAGUUUCUAUUGUCACGUUCUUCUAACAUAAAGAUGGAUGAAGCAUGUUCCUCCUAAAUGUUGGUAAUGAGCUACCAGACUGCACUGCAUCACAUUCCAGAAGACAGUAAUGUUCAGUGUCUUCUCUCUGUUGUCACAUGGAAUUACUGUGGCUUGUGAUGCUGUUACAUCGGUGCUUUGAUGAUGUUUUGUCAGGUAUCCAGUAAAUCUGGCGGCAUGUCUGAAAUGUACUGCCUCCAUGUAUAUGACCUCAGUAUACCUGACUAUGAUGAUGAUGAUGAUGAUGAUGAUUAGCUGUUGAAAUAUGUAGUAUGUAUUGGGAGGUGGGAUAGCUAAGUUGGUGUAGUGACUGGGCUAAGGGCUGAAUGACAUGGGAAUCCUUCUUUCAUUCUGGUGUUCAGAAUCGCUCAGGGGCUUUUCCCCAGCGAUAAUGUGGCUGGUGCAUAAAUCUGCACAUGCACCCCAUGAAGUGCUGAAGGAGUGUGUGGAACUGUACCACCAUUUCCCCAUAUAUCUUCAUGGUGUUUUGCUUAAGCCAGGGUGGCUUGUGGGCAAAUGCUGUUGUAUAUAAAACCCACAGUACUUCCUGAAAUGACCUUCAGAGAGUAACACAAAAAAUUCAGGUUGAAGUAGAUGCUUUCUUCCAAACAUUGGGAUGUCACAUUUGGUGACAUCUGUUGACAGAAGUGAUAUACUAAUUGAUGAACAAUGAAUGAGCUGAUC